GGUUAUAGUAAUAUAACCUAAUGUCGGAUACUAAAGAGCUAGAGUUGAUUGCUCUUACUGUUUGUGCAGCAGCCUUACUUGUUCGACGUCAUCGCUAGCGCCGAUAUUACUUGUGGCUUAUACAGUCUUUACACAUAACUUAAUGCCUAUAAGCCUAGAAGGUAUGAACCUAGCCACACCGUCGUUGUGGGAGUGAUAGGUACAGAGGAGUAGAGUGUCGUGUUGAAAGACGUGACGGUUGUAUGGGGGAGAUGGGGGCUACACAUAUAUAUAGACGAUGGGAGGGGAGCUCGAAGUGCCAGAAGGGUGGCUGCCAUGGCUACUUCGACGCCUUCAAAAUCAUGUCGAACGUCGUCAACCAAAGCCGAAGACUCAACGCCCAGCUGGAUACUACCAAAGACUUAAAAACAAGCAUGAUGACCUAAAUACUGUUAUCAAACGAAAGUAUGCCCUUGAGACUGAAUGCAAUCUUGACGUGAUUAGAGGCAAGUUUAUAAGGUUCUGUCAUGAUGAGCAUUUGGGGGACUGGCGUUCUGCGAUCAAGAACUGCUCUAGAGGGACCAUGAUAUCAUUCACCCAGCAUAUGUACGAUAAAGGCCGGGUGAGGAAGAGGGCUGCGAUGACACAAUACAGAGCACAGUUUGGAAUGCUAUACAACAAAGAGAAUGGCCGUCUAGUGGAUACUAAUGAUAGAAAGGAAGUCCUAAAAUACGUAGACACGCUGCCGCCGGAUAGGACUGUCAAGUCGAAGCCUGUCUUAGGGGUGGACGACCUCCUACUUUUGCUCAACUGCCACUGGGCCUGUGACAAAUCUGUAUAUCCUACAGAGCGGUACCGAGUUCAGUUUGCGUUGAUACUACUCCUCCUCUUCAGCACAGGGUGUCAGCCUGCAGAGCUAGUCGAUGCUAAAAGGAAACAAAGAGAUAAUCCCAGUUCUGACGACGACAAUCCCAGCUCUAACGACGAUAACCCCGAAGCUGACGUUGAUAUGGGCGGAGUAGAAGGAGACAUUAGACUCUAUGAUGCGCUCUGCUAUGAGGAUGUCCGCCUACUGGUCGUGCACGAUCCCAACAAUAGCGUGCGAGAUGUGCUCGCUAUGGAGGUUAAACUGUCUCAUCACAAAGGUCACAAUAAUCGACCAAAGCCAACGAUAUUUUUCUUUACCGAAGUCGACGACCCCAUUUUUUGUGCCAUCACGCACUUCGUAACCCUUGCACUCGCAGAUAACGCAUUCGACGCACCAAGCCUAACUACUCCUCGACGUAUCUUCGAGGAGAGGGUACAUGGUCCAGUCAAUUGUACAGAGCUCCACUGGAAGGAGGAAAAGCUCAAGACACCAAUAUUCCGCCGAUAUGGUUCCAAGGCGGCCCUUCCAUACAAUCAGCUUCGUGAUCCCCUCGACCGUCUUGGUAAGAUAUGAGGCAUCAAGGAGAAGCUAACUAGCUACUGCUUUCGACGUGGGACAGCCAAUGUCGUUGAUCAUGCUGCUACUGAUGCUGUUCGGGACCAGGUGAUGCGACACAAUGCAAACUCUGCUCUCCAUAAGGGACACUACGCCAAUGAGAAAGUGCGGUUUGAUGUUCAGUCUGCUGGCCUCGGGCGUCCCUCUGUAGAUGGCGUCCUUCGCAUGCUGAUGCAUAUGAGCCUCAUGUGCGACCCUCGCGCACCAGUUCACGUCCCUGACGAGUACCUAGCUGUGCUUUCCCCCGAUCCUGUUAUCACCGCACUUGAGCAGGAGCGAGAGCAACUGAAAGCUGGAGCGUACAGAAUUCAGGGGACGAGCAUCGAGGCAGAAGUUCGGCGACUUACUGCUGCGAUCGGUAGUGCUAGGACUAAGCGUCGAAACAUUAUCUCUCAGGAAUUCCAGGAUGAAUAUUUCCGCCGCCGCCCAACGGAAGACAUUGAGAGGCAUAACAAUGGGCAGCUCGAGGAAGAGUACAUCGAGCCAGUGGUUAAGCAUCAGAUCCCACAGAGGACGCAGUUAGUCGAUCUCAUCUGUCCUCGCGUCACAGAUAUCACACUGCAGAAUGCUGUCAAGCGUCGCAUUCAGGUCGCUGAACUCAUGUUGGCUCUCUGCAAAUGCCGUGAGGUUCCCUCACGAUACCGUCUUAGCGUCGGCAUUCCUCCACCAAGUAUCUUCAAAGAAGAGUCCCCUGAGCUCGGGCCCCUUGAUCCCAUUUUCCCCCUUAAAUUAAGCAAGAAGCAGUGUCCAUUCUGCAUCGGGGAUGAAUCGAAGAGCUACGAACAGAGGAUAGGCGAAUUUUGCCGCCCUGCGACGAUGAUGAAUCACGUUGAAAACAUUCACCUUAAAGGACGAGAUCCGAAGGCUAAGAUAGAGUGUUUUCACCCAACAUGCAAGUCGCAAGGACUUGUUCUCGAAAAGUUGGAGUAUUUCAAAAGUCACGUGGAGUUGGUUAUAAGAUUACACUUCGAAGAUGAUGAAAGCUGCUCUUGAGCCGCCUAGGUUAGGCGUGGCAGGGUCGUGGCUUAGCAACGGAAUUCUACGGCGGUCAAAGCAUGAUAUAGAAUUAGAAGUAAAAAGUGGCAUGGUGCUUUAGUUUU